AAAGGGCACCGCCUGUGUUUUUAUUGUCCGCCCGUCUUAUAGCUGGUGUAGUCCGGCACGUCUAACGAUACAGCGGUCGUCAUGCAGAAACCAACCAAAGACACAUUUCGCAGCGUAUUUGCUGAACCCAAGUUUGUCAUACCUACUACAGCCCAACCUGCUAUCUGCACGGCACUAGGCGCCAAAGAUGAUCGCAGCGUUACAACCACCAAUUCAACAGAGAAAACGGAGAACAGCUCUGUGUUUACAUUCUCGGUUCAAACUAUGUUGAAAUCUCAGUGGAGAGACAUGGAGUGGACAGAAGAACAAAAGACAAACCUGAUGAAGACCAUCAGCUCCUACAGGCCGAGCUGUGAGGAGGUGACUCAGGCUCGGGUUCUUCUCCUUGGUCCGGUCGGCUCUGGAAAGUCCAGCUUCAUCAGCUCAGUCCAGUCGGCAUUUUUUGGAAGAGUCACCAACCGGGCAAUGGUGGGCUCCUCCUCAACCAGCUUCACCAAGAAGCUGCAGUCCUUCAACAUCCGUGGACAGAAGGGAGAGGAUCCUAAUGGACUGGUGCUGUGUGAUACUAUGGCUCUGGGGGAUGGAGAGAUGACCGAACUGACCCUCCAUGACAUCCUGUCUGUCAUUAAAGGUCAUGUGCCUGAGGGACACAAGUUCAGCCCAGAUCAACCCGUGAGGUCUGAGACCACGGGCUAUGUGAAGAGGCCAAGCCUCAGUGGCAAGAUCCAUUGUGUGGUAUUUGUGGUGAACGCCUCAAAAAUCCUGACCUACCCCAAAGGCCUCAGCAGGAUCUUCCAGCAGCUCCGAGAGCACAUCAGUGACCUGGGUGUUCACCAGGUGGCUCUGAUGACCCACAUAGACCAAAUUUGUAAAGAAACGGCCAAAGAUGUCACCCAGGUUUACAAGAGCCGCGUCAUUCAGGACAUGAUGGAUAAAGCUGGAGCUCUGUUGGGUAUGUCCACCUCCUACAUCGUCCCAGUGAAGAACUACUCAUCAGAGUUGGCCGUGGAUGUGAACACUGAUGUGCUUCUGCUUAGAGCGGUCGACCACAUCCUGCAGUAUGCUGAUCUGUAUUUCCAGGACAAUGUACCACAACUCACAGGGCCAAAGAUAGACGACAACAUUCGCUUCUGAGCUUUUAGAAUAUGCCUUUCAAACAAUGUUAAAUCUUUCUCUUUUCUAAUUUCCUCACUGAGUUCUAAUAGACAAAACUGUAUCAUUCAGAGUAAAACCAGAAGUCUGUCAUAUUGUAUCGGCUCUCAUGUAAGAACCAUUAGUACGAACACAAUUGGUCUUGAAAACUUGCUUACUUUUUCUUUCCUCAGUUUUUCUUACAGGAGGUAGGAGUCAAAUUUAAAACUGAAAGUGGUCUGGACCUGUCAUACUUAUUAUGUACAGAUGGUCUGCCUUUCUCCAAGGGGGAGGGCUUACCUUGUCUGACACAAGAAUCAUGACACCUUUUGAUAGGAAUUAAUUGAUGUGAAUUCAUUUGAAGUGUACAUGUGUCACAGAAAUCAACUAAAUAAAUAAGUCUUUAUACUCA